AUGGCUCCCGCAUCCUCCGCCCUUACUACCAAGCCGCAGUCCGGCACCCCAUACCAGCUGGACACUAACCAGACGUUGCGCGCAGCCCAAGCACUUCUCAAGCACAUCAGUACCGAGACGAAGCGAACGGACGAGCAGUCCACCAAGAGGAACUUACUCGCGAACGACAAUACCGGCUCCGAUGAAGAAGCAGGAGAAGAGGACGAAGUACCAAUCUGGCUGAGCGUGACGACUAAGAAGCAUAUAACGGACCAGAAGCGGCUCAAACCUAAGGCGAUUCCGAUUCCCCACAGCCUACACAACUCUCCCACGAGUCGGAUAUGUCUGAUAACCGCCUCACCCCAACGAACCUACAAAGACCUAAUCGCCCACCCCUCCUUCCCCACCACCCUCUCCGCCCGCAUAAACCGCGUGAUCGACAUCAGCAAGCUAAAAUCAAAGUAUAAAUCCUACGAAAGCCGGCGCCAGCUCUUCGGCGAAUACGACAUCUUCCUCGCCGACGACCGCGUCAUCACCUUCCUCCCCAAAGUCCUCGGCAAGGUCUUCUACGGCACAACCGCGAAGCGACCCAUACCUGUCUCCCUGACCGGCAAUGCGAAGCCGCCGCCUAAGAACGCCGAGGGUCGACGCCCAGUGGAGAAGAGGCAGGACUCGAAGGGCAGGCCGCUGCCGGGUGGGGUGGGCUUGGUUGGCGAGCCGAAGGACGUGGCGAGGGAGAUUGAGAAGACGCUCUCGGCGGCGCUGGUGCAUCUUUCGCCGUCGACGACGACGGCUGUGAGGGUUGGGUUGGCGAGCUGGACGCCGGAGAAGGUGGUGCAAAAUGUGGAAGCGGUGGUGGAUGGGUUGGUCAAGAUCAUACCGAAGGGGAUGAGGGGCGUCAGGGCGAUACAUAUCAAAGGUCCAAACACGAUGGCGCUGCCGGUUUGGCUGGCGGAUGAGCUGUGGGAGGAUGAGGCGGACGUGUUGGAGAAGAAGUGGGCGCCGAAGGAGGCGGAGGAGCCGAAGAUGAUCGAGGGGGGCAAGGAGAAGAAGAACAAGAAAAGGAAAUCGAUGGAUGCGGUGGAGGAGGUGGAUGCUGAGAAGCCGAAGAAGAAGAGCAAGCAGUCGGGCGAUGAUGAUCUUGCCAAGGAGAUCGCGCUUCGAAAGGAGAAGCUGAGGAAGCAGAAGGAAGACGCCAUUGUCGAGGCUGGUGCUGUGCAACCUGCUGAUGGAGUCAAGGCGAAGAAGAACAAGAAGAGCAAGGCUGCUAUUGUCGCCUGA